GUGGACCCUGCCUUCUACACUGCUUCUUUUAAGAAUCUGUUCUGUCUGGAUAGGGUACUUGUUGGCACGUGCUCUCCUGAAGUUCUGUCUGCAGGGUUCCUGCAGCCGCCUGUCAGCCUGGGAGUGCCUGGGAGCAGGAGACAUGGAUAGCAGCGUCCACCUGAGUGGUCUGCUGAGUCGGCACGAUGACGAAGCCACACGGACGUCCACUUCGGAGGGGCUGGAGGAAGGUGAGGUGGAGGGAGAGACUCUCCUGAUUGUGGAGUCAGAGGACCAGGCAUCAGUGGACUUAUCUCACGACCAGAGCGGCGAUUCCCUCAACAGUGAUGAAGGAGAUGUGUCGUGGAUGGAGGACCAGCUGUCUUACUUCUGUGACAAGUGCCAAAAAUGGAUCCCAGCUAGCCAGCUGCGGGAACAGCUCAGUUACCUUAAGGGAGAUAACUUUUUCAGGUUUACUUGUUCCGAUUGCUCUGUGGAUGGCAAGGAGCAGUCCGAGAGGCUGAAGCUGACAUGGCAGCAGGUGGUGAUGCUGGCAAUGUACAACUUGUCUCUGGAAGGAAGUGGACGUCAAGGCUAUUUCCGGUGGAAAGAAGAUAUCUGUGCUUUUAUUGAGAAACAUUGGACCUUUUUACUAGGAAACAGGAAAAAGACUUCGACGUGGUGGAGCACAGUAGCAGGUUGCCUCAGCGUUGGAAGUCCUGUUUAUUUCCGUUCAGGUGCUCAGGAAUUUGGAGAACCUGGGUGGUGGAAACUUGUUCAUAACAGGCCCCCAACAAUGAGACCUGAGGGAGAGAAGCUGUCUGCCUCCACUUUGAAAGUGAAAGCUUCAAAGCCAACACUGGAUCCCAUCAUUACUGUUGAGGGACUCAGGAAAAGGGCAAGCCGCAAUCCUGUGGAGUCCGCCAUGGAACUAAAAGAGAAACGGUCUCGAACACAGGAAGCUAAAGACAUCAGAAGAGCGCAGAAGGAAGCAGCCGGCCUCCUUGACAGGAGCACCUCUUCCACCCCCGUCAAGUUCAUAAGCAGAGGCCGGAGGCCAGAUAUGCUUCUCGAGAAAGGAGAAGUGAUUGACUUUUCUUCCCUGAGCUCCUCAGACCGCACCCCCCUCACAAGCCCAUCUCCUUCUCCCUCUCUGGAUUUCUCUGCCCCCGGGACACCGGCCUCGCAUUCGGCCACACCUAGCUUGCUUUCUGAAGCAGACCUCAUCCCAGAUGUGAUGCCACCCCAAGCCUUGUUUCAUGAUGAUGAUGAGCUGGAAGGAGAUGGAGUUAUAGACCCAGGCAUGGAGUACAUCCCACCCCCAGCUGGGUCAGCAGCUUCCGGGCUGGCUGGGAGCAGAAAGAAGGUCAGAGCUCCUGAGCAGAUAAAACAGGAGGUGGACAGCGAGGAGGAGAAGCCAGACAGGAUGGAUGGGGACAGCGAAGACACAGACUCAAACACAUCUCUGCACACUAGGGCUCGAGAGAAGAGGAAGCCACCUCUGGAGAAGGACAUGAAGCCCAAGGGGCCCAGGUACACGCCUGUGAGCAUCUACGAGGAGAAGCUGCUUCUCAAGAGGCUGGCGGCCUGCCCCGGUGCUGUGGCCAUGACGCCAGAAGCCCGGAGGCUGAAGCGGAAACUGAUUGUCAGGCAAGCCAAGAGGGAUCGAGGCUUACCUCUGUUUGACUUGGACGAGGUUGUGAACGCUGCGCUUCUGUUAGUCGACGGGAUUUAUGGAGCCAAAGAUGGAGGAGCUUCCCGGCUUCCAGCUGGACAAGCCACAUACCGCACCACCUGCCAGGACUUUAGGAUCCUUGACCGGUACCAGACUGCCUUACCAACCAGGAAAGGGUUCCGGCACCAGACCACCAGGUUUUUGUACCGUUUGGUGGGAUCAGAAGAUCUGGCUGUGGACCAGAGUAUUGUCAGCCCUUACACUUCUCGGAUCCUGAAGCCUUAUAUCAGGCGUGAUUAUGAGACAAAGCCACCCAAACUGCAGCUGCUGUCACAGAUUCGUUCCCACCUGCACAAGAGUGACCCUCACUGGACACCUGAGCCUGAUGCGCCUCUCGAUUACUGCUAUGUCCGACCAAAUCACAUCCCAACCAUCAACUCCAUGUGUCAGGAGUUUUUCUGGCCUGGCAUCGACCUGUCUGAGUGUCUGCAGUACCCAGACUUCAGUGUUGUGGUCCUUUACAAGAAGGUUGUCGUUGCCUUCGGCUUCAUGGUUCCGGACGUGAAAUACAACGAAGCUUACAUCUCGUUCCUGCUUGUUCACCCGGAGUGGAGGAGAGCGGGGAUCGCCACCUUCAUGAUUUAUCAUCUCAUUCAGACGUGCAUGGGCAAGGAUGUGACACUUCACGUCUCAGCAAGCAACCCAGCCAUGCUGUUGUACCAGAAGUUUGGCUUCAAGACUGAGGAGUAUGUUCUGGAUUUUUAUGAUAAGUAUUACCCACUGGAGAGUACAGAGUGUAAACAUGCAUUCUUCCUGAGACUCCGACGCUGAGGGGAACCCAGUUCUUCCAGAGAAUCGUGGAUGCUGUCCUUCAGGAGCAGUGCAGGCUGUUAUUCUAGAAGUGGGCCCUGCUCUCCUAUGGGUAAUAGCUUCCACAUGGCCCAGCUGGGUGAGUGAAGCCAUGUGCAGUGGUACAAGUGGGCAGCUCUUCAUCCAGAAACCCUCCAGCGUGUCCUGAAGUGGCCUUCCAGCAGCAUCCUGAACUCCACUAUUAGCCAGAACCAAGUGAUCUGC